AUGGCGAAAAAGAAGGCAGAAAACAGAACUUUUCUGGACAGGUGGGAGACAGAAUAUCUGUUUAUAUAUGUAAAAGACAGACCUGUUUGUCUCGUUUGUGGAGCCAACGUGUCGGUAACUAAGGAGUACAACAUUAGGCGACACUAUGAAACGAAACACCAGGACAAGGACCUGGACACGACUCAAAGGAGCCAGAAAGUAGAGGAGAUGAAAAGAGGUUUGGUUUCACAACAGAAUAUGUUCAAAAAAGUCACAGCACAAAAUGAGGCUGCUGUAAAGGCAAGUUAUAUCGUGGCAGAAGAAAUCGCCAAAUCAACCCGACCCUUUAAUGAGGGAGAGUUUGUUAAAAAGUGCAUGCUGAAAGUUUGUGACCAAGUGUGCCCAGAGAAAAAGCAGGCCUUUUCAAACGUAAGCCUGAGCAGGAACACAAUAGCUGAGCGCACAUGUGAUCUUGCCACCAAUCUGCAUGACCAGCUGAUGGAAAAGGGAAAAGAUUUUGUUUCUUUUUCCCUUGCUGUGGACGAGAGCACUGACGCGUCUGAUACUGCGCAGCUGUCAGUCUUCAUCCGCGGUGUCGACUCAAAUCUGUGUGUUACGGAGGAGCUUUUGGGAUUUAAAUCCAUGCAUGGCACAACCACAGGGAAGGACAUCUUUGAGGAGGUUUGCAAAUGUGUAACUGAAAUAAACCUGCCGUGAUUAACCACUGAUGGUGCGCCAGCGCUGAGUGGUAAAAAGAAUGGACUGGUGGGCAGGAUUCGUGAAAAGAUGCGGGAAGAGAACUGUGCAGGUGAGCUAUCUGUUUAUCACUGCAUCAUACAUCAAGAGUCACUGUGUGCUAAAGCCCUAAAGAUGGAACAUGUUAUGACCACAGUAACACAAGUUGUUAACGUCUCAAGCCAUCUUGAUGCGCUGAACCUGCAGCUACAGGGGCGGGGCCGCAUCAUCACAGAUAUGUACUCGUCAGUGAGAGCUUUUAAAACUAAACUCUGCCUGUGGGAGAAUCAGCUGCUGCAAGGAAACCUUGGCCAUUUCCCCUGCUGCCAAACCAUAACAACGCAGAUCUCUACCGCCUUUGCUGAAAAACUCAGUGUACUCGGCGCUGAGUUUAUCCGGCGAUUUGGCGACUUUGAUGGUCAGAAAUGUAGAUUUGAACUGCUUAGUAAUCCCUUCGCAGUUGAUGUGGAAAAAGCACCAACUAACCUCCAAAUGGAGCUGAUUGAACUCCAGUGUGAUGACACGCUGAAGUCAAAGUAUGAUGCUGUUGGCGCCGCACAGUUUCCACAAUUCAUCCCUGACACAAUGCCUCAGCUCCGCACCCAAGCUGCUCAAUUGCUCUCCAUGUUCGGCAGCACUUAUCUAUGUGAGCAACUUUUCUCCUCAAUGAAGAUGAAGAAAACGUCUCACAGGAUACGUCUGACUGAUGAACACCUUCGUUCGAUAAUGAAGGUUGCCUCAGUUCAAAGCCUGAACCCCGACAUUAAUGAACUAGUAUCCAAGAAAAGAUACCAGGUAUCUGGCUUGGGCACAUCAGAUUAGAUCAGUGUGUCGCAAACUGAGCAGUAAAAAGGCCUGAAUGGUUGAUUUAUUCAUUGUUAUUUUGUUUUCAAAUUUAUUAGCCUGUGGAAAAAGUUAAUGUUGAUAUUUACCUCAGAAGGCUGCAAAUAGAAAAGAGGCAUUCCAUUUUUUAUUUAAAUUUUAUUUAAUAUACCAUUGAUGUUUUUUCGUUCGUUUUUUGAAAGUUGAUUUUGCACUAUUAAGUUAUAUAAGCGUUGCUUGUUCCAUAUUUAGUGUUAAAGCAAAUCAGUGUAGCAAACUGAGCAAUAAUUAACGUUUUAUUCAUGCACUUUCUCUUGCUACUUCAAGGCUUGAAUGUUUGAUUCAUUCAUUAUUGUUAUUUUAUUUUCAAAUGUAUUAUUAGCCUGUGGAAAAAGUUUAUUUUGAUAUUUACCUCAGAA